AUGUCUCAGUGUGUGUGGGAAUUGUUAUGCGUUGAGAGAUCUUUCAUGAUAAAUAAUAAUAAAUCGAAAAAAAAUAAAAAUAUAACAAAUGAUUUUUCUACAUAUAAUUCCUUCCCUCAUAUAAAUUGGAAGGAAGACAAAGUUGACUAUGAUUAUACAGAAAAGAACUUGUUCAGAUUAAAAAAAAAAAAUAAAAAAAAUGAAUUAAAAUUUAAAAAAAUAAUCAACAAAUUCUUUAUAUCAGACAUGUCUAAAUAUGUAAAGGCCUAUGUAAAAAAAAAUGAUAGUAAUGUAAGAAGUGAAAUAGGUAUAACAUCAAAAAAAACACCCAAAUCUGAUGAAGAAAGGUUUUGGGUAAACAGCUAUAUUUACAAUUUUAUAAAUUAUUGUCUACUUACAUAUUAUGAUUGUAAGCAUUAUAUAAUUAUUACAUACAAUCAAAAUUUAAUACAAAAAUUAAAUGGCACAGGUUAUGGACAUUAUGGCGUAUAUUUUACAGACGGGAAAAAAAUUGGAGGACUAGGAAAUCUAUUUAUUAAUAUAAAACAAGUUAGACACAUUGGAUUUAGUGUUAUGAAAUCACUGCAUACAAGAAUAGCAUCAGAUAUAUCGGCUUCUAAUAAUGACGAAUCAUGUAGCUUUAUAGUUAUGUUAUAA